AUGGAAGCCUCGCGAGAGGUGCGGCAGCAAAUGCGGCAGCGUGGAGCUGGGAUGCGCAAAGCAAAAGAAGUCAAUUUUGGGUUCUCGUUUGGUAGCCCAGCGCCUGGAUUACCAGCGCCCGCCCCGAUUGCGACGGUCCCUGAAACUCAGAAGCCACCGCCGCCGCAAACACAGACCGCGCCGAACACAACACCACGAUCGCUGAAGGGAUCGCAAGCUCGAGGGAUUGAGCGCACACCGGGAAGUGCGCGCAACAAGCUCCCAGAACGACCCUCAACCUACGAGAUACCCUCCUCGGACGAUAGAUCUGAACAAACACGAAGCAACAAGAGGAGAAAGACCAAUCCUACUAAUGGAACAGAAGAUACUCCUUCUCGUCGCAAUGGCGGGCGACCUGAGAAUGGCGAUACACACCCCGUCGAUGACGGUGGAGGUAGCACAGACUCUCAAACAAGCCACACCCAUGAACCUCCAAAUACAGAUGCACCUCCUCCAUCAGAAAUAAACGAUAAAUCCCCGCAGCUUCAAAUCUCACCCGUUCCGGAUACUACAGUCGAAGAUCAACACCCGAUAGAAGAGGGGACCAAUAGUGUGGAACCAACAACAUCAGCCGCUGCAGAGCAACAAGCCCAAGUCACAUCACCAGUGUCUGGUCCUACGGCGCCUGCAGUAGCUGAAGAACCACAAGCGCCAAUUUCAUCACCUAAAGCUCAGCCCGUGGUCGAACAGACUGAAAACACAGAGCAACUACGUGAGAAACGACAUAACACUCGGUCACCACCACGGCCUGAGGACCAAAUCCAAAGAACCAAUAACGAUCAACGGGCUACUACAGAAACCCCUUCUCCAGUUGUUCAAACAGAUAAAUCUACCACAGAAGCCUUAUCACCACGUGGUAGCUCCGCCGAGGCUCUUGAGGCUAGCGGUGCGCCGACUAUUGAUAAUGAUGUCGACAUGACUAAGGAUGUUCCACCAUCCGAGGAUAAUGCACCAGAGCAAGCCAGUCAGACAUCUCAGAGGUCUUCUAUAAAGACUAAAAAAGCUCAGGGUCGUCCACGGCAUCAACCUACCACAAACAACACUCCAGAACCGAAUGCGGAUGUCGCUGCGCAGGAACCUGCAGCGGAGGGGCAAGAUGAAUCCGCGACAGCCCCAGUUGAGGAAGCUCCAAAGACCAAACGGCCUCGUGGGAGACCCUCGCUUAACAAGAAGACUGUUGAAGCUGUCGAGACUGUGAAUGUUUCACCUGAACCCAUAUCAGAUGUCGCGGAGUCCUCUUCGGGGCCACGUCGGCGUCGCAAGCCAAUAUCACAAACGGAUGACCAGCCAGAACCUGUGGUGGAAUCAGCAGUGCCCAAACCACAACGUGGCAGACCUGGGAAUAAAACGAAACAAGCAGUGGAGCCUGAACCCGAGCCCGAGCCUGAACCUGAACCUGCGAUAGCAGACCAACCAGAACCAGAGGCAGAAUCUGCGGUACCCAAGUCUCGUGUCAGACCCGGGAAGAAGACCAAACACGCAGCCGAACCCGAGCCCGAGCCUGAACCUGAACCUGCGAUAGCAGACCAACCAGAACCAGAGGCAGAAUCUGCGGUACCCAAGUCUCGUGUCAGACCCGGGAAGAAGACCAAACACGCAGCCGAACCCGAGCCCGAGCCCGAACCUGAACCUGCGAUAGCAGACCAACCAGAACCAGAGGCAGAAUCUGUGGUACACAAGUCUCGUGGCAGACCCGGGAAAAAGACCAAAAACGCAGCCGAAACUGUACCCGAGCCUGAGACAGAAGACCAACCAGAACCCGAAGCUGAAUCCGCAGUGUCCAAGCCCCAACGUGGCAGGCCUGGAAAGAAGGCCAAUCGCGCAAUAGAGCCGGAGCCGGAGCCCGAAGCGGAGCCUGCAGUACCCAAGACUCAACGUGGUAGGCCCGGUAAUAAGACGAAGCGCGCAGCCGAGCCCGAGCUUGAGCCUGUCACAGAAGACCAGCUGGACCCUGCAGCAGAAUCUGCAGCACCCAAGUCCCAGCGCGGCAGACCAGGGAAGAAGGCUAAGCGCACAGUGGAGCCCGAGCCUGAACCCGAGAUUGAAUACCAACCCGACCCUGAACCUACACAAGAACAGCCUCGUCGCAAGACCCGAGAACCUCGUGGAGAAACAAUUCCGGUCACUGUUUACCGUCUUACGAACGUCAAUUCUCUAGGCGGCACAACAUCUACGGCCAAUGGGUCGGGAGAUGAAGAAGAAUCCGCCGAUGAACUCACCACGCACCAGAGGGCCAAGAUGCCCAACCGUGGCGGUGUCAAUCCAGCUGAUGUAUUGAGCCAGAUCUGCCGCGAGACUCUGGAGAAAACACUCGAUACACUCAAGGAUGGGAUUUCAAACGAGGCGAAUGCUACGCGACGUGCAGAGUGGUCGCGGAAGCGAAAAGCCGUUGAACUAUUCGGCUCGGAGCUUGAGAGCCGUCUCAUGGAUCUGAGCGGGAUCCUCGAUAGCAAUUUUGUGCUUGGCGUGCAAUUGAAGAAGAGUAAACGGGAAAUGAUGGAUCUACGAAAUCAUCUAUACCGGGUCCGUCGAGAGCGCGAGAACAUAGCUUUGCAGAUGGAUGCAGUGCGCAGCAGACAUAUUGAAGAGGAGAAGGCGAAAUUGUCACGAUCCACGAUCAGCAAUUCCCUCCACAGCCUUGAAUUGGCCCUCGAUCGUAACAAGCAACGUUCUGCUUCUACUGCAGAUUCUUCUACGGAUAUUGAAUACAUGCUUCGCACUGUUGCCGACGUGAGUUCCCGAGCCCCUGGAGCACAAGGCGGUCUCUUGAACCAAAUCCGGGCGUUCAACGCACAGCUCGAAGCUACUGCUGGUCGCCUAGAGCGAUGA